AUGGGCUGGCGCGAUAGCCUUGAGGCGGCCCAUUCGCCAUACUCGAACAUACCAGAUCAGGUCCUUGCGGCGGUAGAGAGGAAGCUCACAAUCGUGGCGUGGGUACAUCGGACGAUUGCCGAGAAGGCAAAGGUCCCCUGUAUAUGCAAGGGGGAGGUUGCCAAGGCAUGGUAUGACGUCUGCCUGGUCUGA